AGAAGAAGAAGUAGAAGAGAAAAAAAGCAGUGAUGGUCGAAUCUGCGAGGAGAGUGCCACCCGAGGAGAGCAGGAGGAGUGCCACCUCAGGCCGCCCUUCGCUGGCACCCCGGAGGCUCCUGGUGCCAGCCCUGCUCCUGGCCCUCAUCCUCCUCCUCACACCAACAGUGGGCGGCGUCAAGUGUUACGAGUGUGUACACAACAACCAGAGAAUGAAGAGGCACAAUCGUUACGUCUAUCCUUGUUCGGAGUUUGAUGGCUCAGACAGAUACAUCAUGAACUGCCCAGACUCGAAGCUUUGCAUUUACCAGCGGAUAACUUUGCCAUUGUCAAACGCAGAAAACAUAAUUGUGAAAACAAUGGAUGGCUGUACCCCAAACACCACCGACAACGCUCGCUAUGCCGAGGCAGGCCUGGUCAAAGAAGGCUGCAUCCAACACAAGAGCUUAUACAAACCGCCCUCAUCCGAGUACUGUUACUGCAGCCACAAUCUCUGUAACGGAACGACGGCCAACUUGUCUUCUACAGUUGUCCUGGCAAUCCUAUUGGCAACGGCACUUUUUUACAAUUACCGAUGGUCAAGUUCAUCCUGAUAUUUCCAAACCCAUAGAUAUUAUAAAAUAAUACAUACACUCAGAUCUCCUUUCCAUAAUCUUCAACUGCAAAUCUUCUACUAUGAGUAAAUACAGGAUGUUUCUGGUUUCUGGUUAUGCUAAGGUUUACAUGGAAAUGUUGUGAAACUUCCUUGGGAAGUCUUUAGGUAGGGUGUCAGAUUUUGGGAACUAACCGAUUCCAAAUUUAAUUUGGGAACUGUAAAUACUUGUCUACAAAUCCAAGAAUGUUAAAUUUUAUAUCAUGCAAAAAAAACAAAAACAAUCCUUAUCUAAAUCUUUAGAAUACUUUUAUAUAAAUCAUAGCUUCAAGAGACUCUUCAAAUAUUUUCUGAGCCAUCACACAACAAGCAUCCACGUUCUUAACUACUGCAGAGUACACGAGGCAUUGACUUAUGUUUGACAGACUACCCAUUACUCCAGAA